CUCGCGCACCAGCCAGCCCGGCCAGCACCUCAAACACCUCAAACAUUCAAGAUAACGAUAAAAAUCAAGGUAAAGACAAGGUGAUGGUAAACUUCGAAGGAGCGUCUAGCAGCUGGAUUAAGUCGAGCGACCAGUAUGAUGCCGAAGACAUUAAUCUUCAGAUAUUUUCUUGUUCGUUGACGACGAUAAUCGGAGCAGUGGGGUCGGGCAAGUCCACGCUGCUGCAUAUGAUUCUGGGAGAGCUCCCGUGUCGCACCGGCUCGCUGACCACCGCCGGCACCGUCAGCUACGCCAGCCAAGAGCCCUGGAUGUUCGUCGGAUCCGUGCGCCAGAAUAUUUUGUUUGGCCAGCCGUUUGUAAAAUCUCGCUACAUGGAGGUGUGCAAAGUGUGCGCACUUGAGAGGGAUAUCUCACUGUUCCCCCACGGAGACAGAACCAUUGUGGGCGAGCGUGGCGUGUCUCUGAGCGGCGGGCAGCGCGCGCGGAUCAACUUAGCCAGAGCCAUUUAUAAAGACGCGGAUAUUUACUUAUUGGAUGAUCCACUUUCAGCGGUGGAUACUCAAGUUGCUAAACAUAUAUUUGAGAAAUGUUUAAAAAGGUACUUGGCGAACAAAACCGUCGUUUUAGUUACCCAUCAAAUUCAAUUUAUUAAGUCUGUGGACAAAAUAGUAAUAAUGGACAAAAGCAAGAUACUCGUCGAAGGAGCUCUCAAAAACUUAAAUAAGCAGGAACUGAGCCUGAUCCGUGUGAUGACGGCCAAGGUGCGGGAGGUGCACGAGGUGGAGCCGAGCGCCAGCGCGGUGGCCUCGGUGGCGCAGCCCAGCACCGUCAGCGCCUUCCGCAAGCAUUGGUCGAUGCUGCUGGAGGACAAGCACGCGGAUCUAAAACCAGAAGUAGAAAUGCAAUCUAAAGGGAGAGUGAAAAGUUCCGUGUACAAAGAGUACUUUUUGGCCGGCGCGGCGUGCCCGUACGCGGUUGGUGUUGCGUUCAUGUUCGUGUUCGCGCAACUGUGCGCUAGCGCCAGCGACUGCUGGCUCGAAAAAUGGAGCAACGCUGAAGACCGCUUGACUGGUGAUGCCACUGUUGACAACAUUAUUUGGUCAGAGAGCGGCAUGACCCGACAAUUCUUUGUGUUAAUAUUUGGAAUUCUCACUUUGGCUACUGUGAUUAUCGCUUUAGUAAGAGCGUGCAUGUUCUUUUCAUUGUGUAUGCUGUCGUCUAUAAGGCUGCAUGAUAACAUGUUCGAAUGUAUUUCCCGGUCACCUAUGAGUUUUUUCCAUGCAAACCCUUCAGGAAGGAUUCUUAACAGAUUCAGCAAGGAUUUGGGGGCCGUGGACGAAUUACUACCACAAGCUAUGAUCGAUUGCUUUCAGAUAAUCCUAAAUCUCGUCGGUGUCAUCGUAGUCAUCCUCGUGAUGGACAUCACUUUACUGAUACCAAUAACAGCGGCAAUCAUCAUAUUUUACAUAUUAAGAGUUAUUUAUAUCCGAACGAGCGGUGCAGUAAAGCGCCUUGAAGGGAUUACGCGCAGCCCGGUGUUCGGGCACCUGACGGCGACGGUGCAGGGGCUGAGCACGGUGCGCGCGUUCGGCGCCGAGGCGCUGCUGGCCGCCGAGUUCGACCGCCACCAGGACCUGCACGGCGCCGCGUGGUACCUCUUCAUCACCUGCAGCCGCGCCUUCGGAUACUUCCUCGACAUCAUUUGUCUGCUCUUCAUCGUUUGCGUCACCUUCGGUUGUAUAAUGAAAACCGACAUAGAUGCAAGUACCGUGGGGCUGGCGAUCACGCAGUCGAUAUCUCUGACCGGCAUCUUCCAGUGGGGCAUGCGCCAGUCCGCCGAGAUGGAGAACCAGAUGACCAGCGUGGAGAGAGUGCUGGAGUACACUAACCUCACACAAGAACCUGCUUUGAGAGCCGACGAGAAAGAUAAACCACCCCCCGACUGGCCAUCCGACGGCGCCAUUCACUUCGACCAGUUGAGCCUGAAGUAUGCGCCGGAAGGCCAUUACGUGUUGCAUAAACUGCAAUUUAACAUACAGCCUCACGAAAAGAUAGGAAUCGUGGGCAGAACUGGCGCCGGCAAGUCAUCCAUCAUUCAGACACUGUUCCGGCUUGCUUAUUUGGAAGGUGUAAUCACCAUCGACGGUGUGAACAUAUCUUCUAUCGGCCUACAUGAUUUGAGGGAAAAAAUAUCCAUCAUUCCGCAAGAGCCAGUCUUGUUCAGUGGUACCAUGCGAAAAAACUUGGAUCCGUUUGGCGAAUACACUGACGAUAUCUUGUUAAGUGCGUUGAGUAAAGUGGAACUUAUAUCUGAUGAAGAGGAUCCUGAUGCGCUGAACAAGUUCGUAGCGGAAGGCGGAUGCAACAUGAGCGUGGGGUCGCGGCAGCUAGUGUGCCUGGCGCGCGCCAUCGUGCGCGCCAACCGCGUGCUGCUGCUGGACGAGGCCACGGCCAACGUGGACCCGGCCACCGACGCGCUGGUGCAGACCGCCAUCCGCACACACUUCCAGCACUGCACCGUGCUCACUAUUGCCCACCGGCUCAACACGGUCAUCGACUCCGAUAAGAUAUUAGUGCUGGACGCCGGACGCCUCGUGGAAUACGCGCCCCCGCACCUGCUGCUGCUAAACGCGAAGGGCGCCUUCAGGCGGAUGGUGGAGCAGACUGGCGCAGCCAUGGCGGCGGAGUUGCGCCAGGUGGCCGAGGAGAGCUACCAGAAGACACAAGAUUGAAUGAAACUUCAUCUUCUUUUAAAAUAUAUAAUAAUUAA